CGUUGCAAUUUUAAUUAACUAGGCCUAUGCAGCAGCUAUUCCGGAGGUCACCUGCUGCUGCUCGACAUUUAUGUCAAAAGAUGGACAAACUGGACGAAGUUACAAUUGCCACACUCAGAGCUGCUAAUAUUGGAGAAGACUUACUCCCCUCGCUUUCCCGAGACGACAUAAAAGACCUCUUUCCUGGUCCUGAAAAUUUCUUGAGGCAGCGGGCUAUAUGGCUUGUUGUAAAUAAAGAUGAAAAGGUGGAUACUGCUCCCGAAAUUCAGCAAUCACCCCCCACUGGAGGCAGUGACCUUUCAAAAGAGGAGGCCAAUACUUCUAAAUUUGUGACUGUCAAACCCAGAAUACAUAGUCUUCACAGACAGUGAGCUUGAACAGGUGCGACGCUCCUUUGAACAGAAACGGCUGGGGACCGAGCACAAUGUGACCCUAUCCAGAAUGCCAUGGCAAAGCGACUGGUGGAUUACUAUCCAAUGAUAAAAGACAGGUCAUCAAACAAUGAGUGGGAGCAUGUUGCCAAAAAGCUCAUGAAGAGACUCUCAAAUGUCAGAAGUCCAAAGAAGGCCAAAGGUCCUCCUUCCAAGAAACCACGACAAGAAGUCAGUUCAGACGUUGCAACUACUGACUAUGACGGAGAUUCCAGUACAUCCACCAUUAUUCUGGAAUGGUCACAUGUUAGUCCCAUGGGCAUCCCAGUAGAUCUGUCACCUAGAACCAGCACCCCACCGCAGAACCGGAACAGCAGUGAUGAAGUGAUCUUGUUCAGUUGACAUCAUGGACAGCCAGAAAAUCCAAGCAAGACCCUCCAAGAAAUGUACAAGUCCAAAAAGCCAAACAAAGCUGCGGUAACUCAUUUGCUGAACAUGGAAUUUGACUCUCGAAGACGCUUCAUGACCUCUGAUGUUUUAAAGGAGCAAGACAGAGCAACAAAGAUUCUAGAGGCUUACCCUUGUUUCAGAGAACUGGAUCAUGUGCUGGAUGAGCUGCAGCGAAUCAUCCAACUGACCAACUCCCAGUACAUAUCAGAGAUGCAGAACAGAUGGAAAACCUUCUAUUCAAAGGUCCAGUUUUAUGGAGUGAUGAAGAUGGCCAUGAAGCCUCCUAAAACUUUGAAUGGAGUGGAGCAUAUCACAGCUGUCUUCAGAGCGCUGCCACUGCUCUUUCCGUCCAGCUCUUUGCCACCGAAGAAACUGGGCUCAAGCAGCGAGGCUCUUUUCCAUGUCCUAGCGACUUCCGAGGAUCCUAACGGUUUCAUGCAGCAGCGACCCCUGUCUUCUCCGGUUCUGCUCGUUUCUGAGGACAACUGCAUAAUCGCCAUCGGAAAAACACCUGUGACCACCUUCACCAUGGACAGACUUAAUGAGGGACUUCUCUACGUCAUGGCAUAUUACUAUGUCCUGCACAUGACCUACCCCAAGUGCAUUUCUACACUACUGUCAGUACUGCAGACAGAGGUACUUCAAGAUUCAAUUCAUGAGCAGGACUUGACCCCUCACUACAAAAAAGUGAUGGGUGAGUGGAAGUCAUUCAGUGAGUGAGUCCCUUUGUCCAUCACUCUGCCCCACUCUUCCUGUUGCAAGACUUUCAAAGAAAGUUGGUGUUCUGUUUUAAAAAAAAGUUCACAGUUAGACACAUUUGUUGGUGAGAUUGAAAACCUUUCCUGUGGGAUAAUAUGCUGCAAAGCAGCUGCAACAUGGUGUUUAUUGCUGUAGUAUGCUGCUACAAUAACUGAUGGGUUUUUUGAUAGUGAGGUUCAAAUCAA